CAAUUUGUCAAGAGUAGUGUAUUUGUCUUAUUAGUUUUUUUUUUAUUUUAUUCGCCUCCAAUAAUCAAAACGUAAACUACGAGUUGUUUUGUGAAAUAUCUAGGUUUAUAAGUAACAACCUAUAAAAUAUUGCGUUUGUAAUCUACUAUGUUAUAAAUAACGGUGAUAUUAUUAGUGAGUGAUUGUGAAAUAAUUCUUUAUUACAUCGGAAUGGACACAAAAUGGAAGAAGAAUUAAGAUGUUUUGUUUGUAAAGAAUUCUACAAAGAACCAGUAUUGCUACCUUGUGGGCACGCAUUGUGCCGUGUUUGUGCUGUUGGCCUACAAAGUCAUUUACCAGAAGCAGACAAUGCCUCGGGUACUGCAAAUGACUAUCAGGAGGCAGAUAAGGCAUCUGUGUCGAGCGAAACCGAUAGCGGUGUCGUUUGUGGAUCUAGACCUAAUAGUUUCGCGGGAACACCGGCUGCCGCAGUGUAUUCGUCGGCAGCUUUCAGCCUCCUGUGUCCGCAAUGUAACAAACAAGUUUUUUUGGACGACAAUGGAGCCGAAGGGCUACCACCUUUUCGAGUGAUGCGUACUAUCGUAGAGCGAUUCGGCGGUGUAGUAGGAGCGCCACCUGCAGAAGAAGCUUGUCAGAUGUGUGAAGGUGAAAGACGGGCUGCUGUAGUUCGAUGCGAACAAUGUUCAGUGAGGUAUUGUGCCGGUUGUCGUGACGCCUGGCACCCUACUCGCGGUCCCCUCGCGCAGCAUGAGUUGCGCGCCCUAGGAACUACGUGCUCAGAUCAUGGAUCGCCUCCAGUUCUGUACUGCAACACAUGUUUAGUGCCGAUUUGCCAGCGGUGCCUGGGUGAGCGACACUCCGCCCAUGAAACACAGCAGCUUUCCAGUGCAGCUAGAGCUCAUAAGACUGAAUUAUCACAAUCACUCCAGCAGCUUUCAGAACAAGCAAAAGCCAUGACUGAAUAUAUUCAGCUAGUCAAAGGAUCCGGAGAUAAAAUAAAUGAAUCGUGUGAAGAACUAGAAAGACAAAUAGAUCAGGCAUGUGCAGAAGUAACCCGUGCAAUAGACCGACGCAGAGACGAACUGGUCAGAGCUGCUCGGAAUACCCGGUCACAAGCUAUAGCAAAUAUGCGCUUACUCACUUCCCAUGCUGCGCAGAAGUUACGUGAAGCCACUGCUUUACUGCAUUUUUCUAUAGAAGCUUUAAAGGAAUCAGAUCAUGCUGCAUUCUUACAGGUGGGGAACAUCCUGUCGGCUCGUGCGCAGGAGACAGCCGCGGGUCUCUGCUCGUCGCUCGACCCGCCGCCUUCCCCGCCCGCCCUAACGCUAGACAUCGAGCCUGUCAUACGCACAGUUAGGACUAUGAAUUUCGUUGAAUGCAUACCAUUGGAAAAACAAAUGAAGUCAUCAGCGCCGGGCGCGCCAGAGAUGGCGGUGGAGGCGUGCGCGGCGCGCGGCUGCUCGUGCACGCUAGCGUGGCGCGCGCCCGCUGCGCCUGCCGCCGUGCGCGGUUACGUCCUCGAACUGGACGACGGACUCGGCGGACCCUUCCGAGAGGUGUACUGCGGACGCGAGACGGUGUGCACGGUGGACGGAUUACACUACGCUUCGUUAUACAGCGCGCGCGUGAAGGCCUUCAACGGUGCCGGCGAGGGGCCCUACAGCGAGAUCAUCGGGCUGCAGACCUCGCCCGUGGCGUGGUUCGCGUGGGACUUGCGGUGUGCGGGUGCGGAGGACGCGCUGUGCCUGAGCGCAGACGGGCUGAGCGCGCGCGCUGCGGGCUGGCAGCCGCGCGUGGUGCUCGCGGACCAGCCUCUAGCGCGCGGCGUGCACUAUUGGCGCCUGCGUCUCGACGCGCACGAUGGCGACGCGGACCCCGCUUUCGGCAUCGCACGGGCCGAUGUUGCCAAGGACAAAAUGCUCGGGAGCGACGCUCUGGGGUGGGCGAUGUACAUCGACAGCGCACGCUCGUGGUUCGUGCACGGCGGAGCGCACGGCGGGCGCGCGGAGGGCGGCGUCACUCGCGGCAGCACUGUCGGUGUCCUGCUCGACCUCGCGCGCGGCACGCUCCGCUUCGCAGUCGACGACCGCCCGCAGGGCGAUAUAGCAUUCACUGGUCUGCGCGGCGCGUUCUACCCGGCCGUGUCGUUGAACCGCGGCGUGGCUGUCACGCUGGAGCCUGGUCUGCAGCCGCCACCUGAGCUGCUCAUGGAAACCCUCGCCAUUGAAUAACACACCAUACUCUUUCAUCUACUUCCACUGUGACGAGAAUAAGCGCAUAUACAUUUUGUAUAUCCAAAUAGGUAUUUUUUGGCGACAAAUGUUGAAACUGGAUUACAGAAAACAUUUGAUAUUUUUUAGCUAUAAAAUGUAACAUGAAUUAGUUCCCAUCCUCCACGGCCGACAAUGGCUGACGAUGAUCUCUCUAUGGAGCCAUUUUUUAUAUUAUUUGUCGAAAAACUUACAAUUUAACAAUUAAAAUUUAAAACAAAAAUAGUUUAAUUGUAUUGUAAUUUGUUUGCGAAAGUAUUUUGAUGUUUGGAUAUGGCCAAGACAAUUAACUUAGAUAAUUCCCGCCCAUUUUAUUACUAACAUACUAAUAUUUAUAAAUUAAUUUAAAAAUUAAAUUAAAAAUGACGUGUUGCUUUGUAUGUGUGUUGAGUUUUAACAUAGCUUUAUGAUAAGUGUGACUGAGCGUGGUUUAUAUAUUGAUGUUUAGAGGAGAGAAUGUGCCAUGACCGAACAAUUGUUGUUAUUCGACAUUUACAAAAAUUGAGUCAUUUUAAAUGUUUUUAAAAGUUAUGUCAAUUAGGUAGAUGAUAAAAAUCACUUCAAAGAUGUGAAUCAUAAUUUGAUGAUAAAUAAUAAUAAAUUUGUGCGAAUACUAAUUAAGCAAUAUUUAAUAUGUAACAAA